AUGCGCGGGUUCAAACACGGAAAAAACCCACCAAAGAGCAAGAUCACUUUUGUUGAAGUUAUAAACCACUGCCAGAAAAGUGUCGAUUCCAGUGUAUCAUCAGAUAAGGAUUUCAAAGAAGCGUCAGAUUCCAGUGUGUCAUCAGAAAAGGAUUGCGAAGAAGCGUCCGAUUCCAGUGUGUCAUCAGAAAAGGAUUUAGAAGAAGCUUCAGAUUCCAGUGUGUCAUCAGAAAAGGAUUGCGAAGAAGCGUCAGAUUCCGGUGUGUCAACAGAUAAGGAUUUUGAAGAAGCAUUAGUACAACACAGGAAUCCACAAUCAGCUAUUGAAAUAAUCUUGACAGACUCUUUAGUGGAACACAUUCCUCUUACAAUCGGCAACUUUUAUAACCUGACUACGCUUCGUUUACAGGAGAAUAAACUGAGAGAAAUCCCAUGGUCACUGGUGUACCUGCGACAUCUCGAAUUGUGUGAUUUAUCAUCAAACUGUUUGUCAGAAAUAUCUCCAAUUAUGGGAUAUAUACCCUCUUUAAGGAAACUAUACCUUCAACACAACGCACUUACAUACCUACCAACAAGCCUCCUAUGGCUGUCAAAUCUACAAGUACUAGAUGUUGCUGGAAACUGCAAUCUUGCAUCGCCACCUUUAUCUAUGUGCAUUGAGGGAAAGGAAGCCAUUUUCUCAGCUUUAAACAAACGCAACAAUCGUGUAGAUAUGUAUUCGGAUGUUACCCCAUGGUAUGAUGAAGGUAAACUUCAGUUUCAAAGCCUGGAUCAUGUCAAAUCUGCGAGCAGCUUAAUGCAGAUAGCAGUCGACUGCAUCCUUGAGUUUAGGCUGAAUUAUCUAUCACAAAUACAUGUGCCUCCAACCCUUAAGAACUUCCUCUUGAGAACGGAACAAUCCAGCAACAAACAGUCCCAUAUAUCGAAGUGCAGAACUUGUGGAGGCUUCUUCUCCACUGAGCACAGCUUCAAGAACCAUCAUUGUAAACGAAUUCUUAUCAAUUGAAUCUAGUUGUGAGGAACUAAUUUCUUCUGUAAUUCAAUAUAGUUUGUUGCAGUGGUUUUCAGACCAAAUACUUUAUUACCUACAUCAUGUGCCUGAUUAACAUCUCAUCUAGGGAUGGGAUGUGUCAAAAAACCACUGCCCGUGUAACGGACUUUCUAUCACCCAACCCUACCAUCUACCAUCUGUAGGUCUCAAUCGUUGGGUAUGAAAUCACCAAUUAAGAACUUUUCUUACUGUUACCCUCACCGCUUCCAACUCACACAGAUUUUGAGCAAGUGGUAUACGUGCUCGAUAAAGUCGCAAAUGUGCUCCAGAGGAUACAAGUCUGGACACAUGGUGGGGCACAGAAGGUGAGUCACUGCAUUUUUCUGAAUGAAAGCUGCAUGAGAAGUAGCAAGAGGAUGAUCACCAAAAUGUGGGACAACAACUGGAUGCAGCACUGCCUUGAUAUACUGAUUGCCUGUCAAAUUCCCACAUAUUGUCUACAAGUCAAGUUUACAGUCAUGAGAGACACAUCCCAACACCAUGACAGAACUUCCACCAAAGGCAACAGUUGGUUGAAUGUUUUUUUGCUGCAAAUGCUUUAUUUUGCUAUCUUCAAAAUCUUAAGCAUUCAUCAGUUACAUAAAGAAGGAGUCGGCUGUCAUCAGACCAUAAUAUCUUUUGCCAAGUCCUCAGAUUCAAGCGUUGCGGUGGUAAACACCGAGCCAAACAUGCUUGUUGGUGAUGAUCGCUCAGUAGAGGGUGUUUGAUGACCUUUCUAGCCUUGUACCCAGCGCUCCUUAGACGAUUCCAGACUUUUCUCGUACAUGCCCUGCAAAAUGGUAACCAGUGGUGCUUCAGAACAGUGCUUGUGGUGAAUGGUUGUCAUCAAAUGAGAUUCGAUAGAGCCCUGUCUUCACGAUCUGAUGUCACCCUGGGACCUGAACGUGGGCAAUCCUUCAACUCCCGGUUUCCCUGUAUUUUCUGACCAAACGACAGACACUGUGCACUGGGCAUUCAUUUCCCAACCAGUUGCUUUAAAGGACAUACCGGAGUUAUGCAUACCAAUAAUGUGUCAUCUCUUUCCAUCUGAUAAUCUUCUUCAUACCAUAGUGGCAGAAAAUGAUUGAACAUUGUAGCCAAUGCAGAAUAAAUACCAGACAUCGGGCACAUGUACUGUUUCUGGACAGGCUUUACAGGGUGUGUUUGAGAGACACUUUCCACCAAUUACAAAAAUAUUUCUUAAAUGAACAUUAUUUUAUAGUAUAUUUAUAUAACGCACAUAUCCCCGCAACU